AUGAGUAACACUACUAAUAAGGGUCAACGCAACCGAGGUCUGCAUAAGCUUGAAGGUUUAACUCAAGAUGGUCAAAAAAGAAAGAACAGUAACAGAAAAAGAACUGGCGGAAUCAUAAAAAAAGCCAGAGCUUUAAAUACUCAUUGUAAUACUGAACUAGCAGUGAUUGUAAAAGAUGAAUUUGGUAAAAUCACUAGUCUCGUCACUUCAAAUCAUAUGAUUGAUGAAGCAAUUAGUCAAUUGCAAUCACUUAAGAAUAAGUUAAUAACUGAAGCAGGAGAGAAAAUCGAAAAAUCGACCAACGAUAAACUGAAUCAACUUUGCAAUGAUAAAACUCACCAAGAUCCUAAACCCACUCAGAUUAAUCUCAGUCCAGAAAAUGAAAAGACACUUGAUAUAACACGGUUUAAUGUAUUACAGAGGAAUAUUCAAUCAGUUCCACAAGUCGAAAUUUCUCAAAGAAAUAAUCGAGAAUCCGAUUCGUUUCAAGAUUGUUCUUCAUAUUUUAUGCAACAUCAUUCAGCUACUGAUCAACCACAGGAAACUAAUUUGACGGGCAGUAGUUCUCAAAUGAAAAGAUCAAACCCCAUUGACGUUGAAAAGGUGAAGACAAAUCAUGUUAAAGAGGCUAAACUAUACGAAAAUUGUAAAGGUGGUAGCAAAUAUAUUGAAAGACUGUUUCAAAAUACUCUUACUAAUGAUGAUAUUAACCAAAAUACUCCUCCUUUCAAUUUGAAUAGUAACCUUAAUCAGAAUAAUAUUGAAUCAAAAUUAGAUGAUAAUGCAGCCCAUCUACAUAACUCCGAUACCAAUGUUAGUAAAACUUAUUUUGCUGAUGAUGUACAGAAUCCAGCUAUAUCAACUCAAAGUCUUAUAUUUAAUGCAAAUUUCACUCAAGAUGUUGGUAAUGGAGUCACCUUUAAUACUAGUUGUUUGGAUCCAAAUUUAUCAACUAAUCAAAAUAAUUUUGAACAAGUUAGCGAUUUAAGCUAUGACAAGGAUUAUAAACCUAGUUCAGACUCUAGUGAAAUAAUAUACAUAAACGUCGCUUGGCAGAAUACACCCUUUAACUAA